AUGGGAAAAGUAAAGGAAGUAUGUGACAAAGGCAUUGUUCGCUUUGAUUGUGACGAAAGUUUGCUGGAAGCAAAAGAAGAGCGUGCAGAAAGGGUUUUGGCUCUCACACCACGUGAACGAGAAGAACUGCCUUAUAGAAGGAUCUCAGCGUUAUCCUUUAUAGCUAUCAUGCUCAUAUUUGGUGUACCAUUAUGGUGGCAGACAACUUCGACGUAUCGUGCGCCGUUCCACACUUUUUCUGUCGAUGAUCGUAUAUUAGUACCUAUACAUAUAUCAGUCGCCAGUUCACAUUCUUCAUUGAAGUUUCAUGUUGACCGUUCAAUGGUUUUGCUUUUAAAUAAUCUUUAUAAGCUUCCUGAAAUUGACCACAUACAUUUUGUUUAUAAAUGGAACCAUAAAAACGUGGAUUAUUUAGAAAUCACUCCAAGGACCAAAGGGGACAAACUUGAUAUAUUUGGAAUGCAUGUUGCGAUUGUUAACGAAACAGCAUGGCCUUAUUCUGGAUAUACUAUUUAUUUUGGUAAUCUGUGGACUUUUGUGCUGAAUUCGGAGGAUGAAACAGAACUGGCACAACGCAUGUUCGCAGCCAUCACAAAUUUUCUUUUAGAUAUCAAUCACCUUUCAGCAAUCGUUAGACGUGAUUUGAGACGACGAAUUCAAACACAGGAUAUUGAUGCUUUGUCACCAAGUCAGCAGAAACGUCUGAUUUGGGAUUCAGUUGCUCUAAAUGCCCAGUAUAUUGUGCAUGUAAUAUUUCUGCAUGCUGGUUAUAAAGAAAGUAAUGGACAUCACUGGGCAGAAAGAGUAGUUUUAAAUGCACGCAGAUUCGCCAUGAAGUUGGCAGAAGUAACCGAACUGAUAAUUAGUUCAGAGCACUUAUGGGAUUUUGAUUUAAAUGCAUGGCUGAUGAAAGAUAUAAAAGGAAGAAAUAUAAUUCAUAUGAGCGACAUAUCCAAAAUUGUUACUGCGGUUGAACAGGAAACAAGUACUGUUGAAUCAUCUGCUCCGGUUAUAAAGCUGGUAUUGUUCGAUUCUCUUCAUCCUAUUACACUUCUUGACCAAUAUGAAGAGGACUGCAAUAGUGUAGUCGUUGCUUCCUGGGGUGCCUUAUUUUCCACUCGAGACUCAGGAAGUUUGAUUGUAGAUGAAUCGGUCAUAGCUGCUAUGCGUGUUCUUUUCGGUCUUGAUACUGAUUUACCAAAUACAGCUCAACGGCUGCCAUUACCAGUCGCUGAGUGGGAAAUUAGACGUAUGAAAUUGCGAUCAUUUAUUGAUUGCUCCAUAAAUGCAAUUUCUUCGGUUGGUGCGAUCAAGAAGUUGGUCUCACAAAUCAGCAGUAUCGUUAUUAGUGAUGAGGUGGCUAAUAAGACGAAUUAUGCUGUAAAGCUUAUUUCUGAAACUCUAUCAGCAGCAGAAAAGACAGGAAACAUUGAGGUUGCUUCAGUUAUUGAGGGUCGAGCUCUAGCUGAGAGUGCUUUAAAUGAUCAAAGUUUGCUUUCAUUGCUAUACUUCCCAAAUGAUCAGAAAUUUGCAAUUUAUUUACCGUUAUUUUUGCCUACACUUCUAUCAUUGCUUGGUUCAGUCUUAACUUUGAAUAGGUAUUGGAUGGGUAAAGAAUAG